AUGGGCCAGCCGUCGGAACGGGUCAAGAACUUUCGCGCGCCGCGGCGUAGGCCCGCACAUUUGCGGACCAAAACUGGCUGUCUGACAUGUCGUCAGAGGAAGAAAAAGUGCGAUGAGCACCGGGGUGUGUGCCACAACUGCGCCAGAAGAAAGACUGACUGCGUCUGGCCUGCGAAACUGAAUUCGCAGCCCAACGAGCCAAGCCCCAGCGAGGUUCAAUCUGAUGCAUCUUCAAACACUGGCCUUACCACUGAGUCUGUCGAUAAUGACAAUGAUGGACUCCAUAUUGGUCCAAGCGAAGACCAGCAGUCAUGCACCUCCGUAUCACUGUCGUCCAAUUCGCUCUCGCCAGCAUCUACUAUCCAUGCCAUCGAUGACCUCGACAAAGCCAACCACGAACCUCCUCUAGUCGUGUUUCCCCAACUCAGAGCCAUCACUUCCAGCAGCAAAAUCUACAGUCCUCCUGUCUUCGAUUACAUGCGGACGGUCUUUGUCCCGCAGUUGGUUCGACCGGCGACCGAUGGCCAAUACAUCAGAGAUUUUACAAGCGGGAGUCUUCAAGUCGCAAACUACAUUCCGGUCUUCAUGGAUGCGCUGUUGGCUUGCUCUGCUGCCGAGAUCAAAGAGAAUGACCCCUUCCAUCGCAGGAUAGCUGAAUCCCAUUAUGUCAACGCCGUGCGCGGAAUGCGAACUUACCUCGCCGAGGAUGAUUCCGCACUGGCCGAAAUCAUUGCUCUACGGACUGUCCUCAUCCUAUGUAUAUAUGAGAGAACUCGACUGUACCGCUCCGAAGGAGUGUCCACCCACAUAUAUGGUGCCGCUGCACUACUCAAGUCAUGCUGGAAGCGAAUGGAGGCAUCGCGAAGCAUACCAACCGCCUGGACUGCCACGCGCAUCCUCACCCUGGAGGCUUUUAUUUUCCACGCAGCCACGAGUAUACCCUUCCAACAUCCAUCUCCCACGCCACCUGGUUUAGUCGACGAAGUCUUUGUGGAUGCCCAGCUCAUCCUGGAACAGCUCUGGCUGGAAAAUAUUAUGAACUACUCCCUUUCUCCAGUUCUCGGCGCGCCUCCAAUGUUGUUCUCGUACGUGCGACAAGUGGCAUUGAUGUAUUCUCAGUUUCGCUCCCGAAGAUUCGACAUCGGACGAUGUUAUCGCCUGGAACAGGAUCUCAGGCAAUGGAGUGAUAAAAACAUUCCCAACUCAGACACUGUCAAGGUGGUCGAUUCCGCCGAUUACCCGAAUCAAGAUCUAUCAUUGUCAUUUCUCAUCGAUCCGAACAUUACGAAUCAAUCUUACUUUGGCCCGAAGCUCUACAGCUUUGCUGCAAGGCUCCUCCUGAGGAAUAUGAUAGCGCAUUCUUUGGGCUUGCGAGGCCAGCUUCUCUCGACACACCUGUCUGACUUGCUCUCAACUAUGAUGCUUCUUGUCCGCCACAUCGAACCGUCCGUGGAUUAUUUUGCAGAAUACUAUGCCUGGCCAUUCUACUGUUUCGGGGUCUGUGUUGACGACGAACAGGCCCGAGAAUUACUGAUGAGCAAGAUCAUGGGAUUUUGGAAGACGACCAGGAAUGGAACGAUGCGACGCUUGGCAGAUAUCUUGAGAGAAGGCUGGGAGCACUCUGUCCGAUGA